AUGAAGUCAGAUGAGGAAGAGGAUGACGUGGAAGAUAUUGAGGUUCUGGCAGUGGAGAAAAGGCACUCUUCCUCCAAGAAGACAGUUAUGACUAUUAUUCUAAAGCAUUGCACCCCGAUUCACCAGCAUUAUUACUACACCGCCCCUUCCCCAUACAUUGAAAGUGAAGAUGCCCUGCCACAGGAAAAGCUAAAAAAUGAGGUGCCCCAUGUCACAAAACCCGUGAUCCAACCAGAGUCUAAGAGUUCAAGUCCUCAAAAUGCAGAGUCAGAGGAUAGCAAACGUCUACGCCUCAAUUGUCUGGAACGUCAGCGGAAUAAGGAUCUGCGGUCUAGUUUCCUCACAUUAAGGGACCAUGUACCUGAACUGGUUAAAAAUGAGAAAGCCGCAAAAAUACUCAUCUUGAAUAAAGCCACUGAUUAUAUCCAUUCCCUUCAGGCAGAGGAACACAAGUUAUUGCUAGAAAAGGAAAAAUUGCAAGCCAGACAACAGCAGUUGCUAAUGGAAAUAGAACACAUGGAGACUUGCUAA